AUGAGCAUUCGGCAAAGUCUCAUUUAACAAUUCAUGCAUACUUUAUCUAAUUAGAGUUCAUAACAGACUAUAACUUUAUUGGCUCUAAUAGGAAUUGAAAGUGUGCUUUAGGAGAAUGACAACAAAUUAGUCAGGGAGCAAAUAACUCUCAUCAAGAGAUAGAUAGAAAAUAUUCAGACGAAGGACGAGGAACACACUAUAAAGGUGGUAAAGUCGAAGGAAAGAGCGCUGACCCCGAAGAUUACGGAAUCCUAGGCUCCAACUCCAUUAGGCCACCAAAGGAAUACUGUGUCUAGACACCAUUUGGAUGAUCAUGCGAUGAGGAUGGCACUUAGUUAACAGUACGAGGAGACCGAAUAAAUGAGAUCUCCAAAAUCGGAAAUCUCCAAUGUGAAAACCCCAAAACAAUCGAUUCAAUACUUUAUAGAGAUGAAGAGUUAAAAGCCGAAAAGGGGGCCCGAAACCAAACUGAAGGAAUUGCAAAGUAAUUUAACUCGAGAAUUGAUAGCUGAUUACCAGGGAGUGUUGGAGGAAAUUAAGCUAAACCCAACAAAAUACAUGGACACUCCUGAGAGCAGUCUUUAGGAGUAGCAAAUAAAGGAUUACAUAAAGUUGCAAUAGUAGGUGCAAUUGUAGUAGCAGAAGGCAGAGAUUGAAAGACAAUAGCAAUAAUUAAAAUAACAGUCACAGGACUAUAAUUAAUCUUAGAAGGACUUAUUGAAUUUGAGAAGGAGGACUGAAACCCAGCCGGAAUAGAGACUGGAGAGAUCUUGGUAGGUAUAGGAGAAAAGGAGUACUUAGGGGAUGAUGAAUUACAAAUCGGAACCAAAUUAGAUGUAAAAUUAAAUGGCAACAAAGAAGGUGUAAUCGACUCCACAAUAGAAGGAGUAGAAGUCUCCGAACAGAUUUGAGUAGUAACAAGUGAUGUAGACGGAAAAUACAUUUUCAUUUUUUUAAAGGUAGAAGACUUAGGGAAAUCAAAUCAAUACUCAAUAAUCGAUUAAUUACGACAAACACAGCGGGGGUUUAAAGUAGAUGGCUGACAAGCUAAUAAAUUCGCCGAUUAUAUAGUAAGUCUCUUUGAAGUCGGCUGAGAAUGUUUCAUCAUCGGGGAAGGAGGUUUAGGUUUCAUAGUUUGAGGAAUAAGAUUCGAUGAGUUCAAAUUCAAGUGCGUUUUCACUAUUUUAGCCGAAUGAGGAGUUGAAGUCAUUCUUUAGGAAGGAGUUGAUUAAGGAAGAGAACGACGAAAAUCAUGAUCCGAAUUGUGUGAAGUACUCUAAUAUAUUUUUGAAAGGGAGAAUGGGAGGAUCGAAAGUGUUUUGA